AGCUCACGCUACGCUCGCCCGAGUAGUUCCUGACUGGGGCAGACAUGAUACCUGUUUCUACCUGUCGGCUUUAGAAUUAAACACAAUUUCAAACUUCGAAAGCAAAAUUCUCUAUUAGUUGGAUAUUGGAUUCAUUCUAGUCCCCGUUGGAACUGUACUACGAUUUCUCUUCUUCAUGAAACCCCUACCUGAGCAAUGGAACGAUCACCCGAAGAAGAGCCUUGAUCCCUUAGCGGGGGAGAUGCGGGAAAAGGAGCCGAAACAGACGCCAGGAAACGACACGGAGAAAACAACAGCAUCACGUCCACAGAGCCCGGUGCUGCUGAAUGGUGUGUCACUGGUGCAUGAUGUUGUUGACCCUUCAUCCCAGCCUCAGUUUGAGUCUCGGCCCCCCUCUCCAUUUCCACCCCCUGAUCUCCAACCUCCUAGGGAGCAGUGGGGAGGGAAAUACGAGUUCUUGCUCUCCUGUAUCGGCUACUGUGUUGGGCUUGGCAAUGUCUGGAGGUUCCCCUACCUCUGCUACCGCAAUGGAGGAGGUGUAUUUCUCAUCCCCUAUUUUAUCAUGCUGCUGUUCACUGGAGUGCCUCUGUUUCUCAUGGAGCUCAGCCUGGGGCAGUAUGGAGCAGCAGGACCCAUUACCGUGUGGAAAUGCUGUCCCCUACUCAAAGGUAUUGGCAUUGGAAUGCUGUGCGUCUCCACCCUAGUCUGUCUGUAUUACAAUGUGAUCAUUGCUUGGACCUUCUACUACCUGGGCAUGUCCUUCCAGAGUCCCCUGCCCUGGUCCUGCGACGCCAUUUCAAAUGCUGGCCUUUGUGGUAACGAAACAAGUGUGAAUGGGACGAGAAACGGCAGUACCUUGAGCGCCACAGAAGUGUUCUGGAAUGAACAAGUGCUGGGGGUGUCGAAUAGCGAGGGCCUGCACGAUCCCGGGCCGGUGAGGUGGCAGCUGGCCAUCUGUCUGCUGGUCGCCUGGUUCAUCAUCUUCCUCUGCAUGCUGAAGGGCAUCCGUAGCUCGGGCAAGGUUGUGUAUGUGACGGCCACUUUCCCCUACUUUGUGUUGAUCGUGUUGAUUAUCCGUGGUGCCACGCUGGAGGGUUCCCUGCAAGGGGUGGCCUUCUACCUCACACCCGACUGGGAGCGCCUUGCCAGCGCACAGGUGUGGAAUGAUGCGGCGUCACAGAUUUUCUAUUCACUGGGGAUAGGUGUGGGAGGGCUUCUCUCCAUGGCAUCCUACAACAAGUUUGAUAACAACGUCAUCAGGGACACUCUGGUCAUUACCAUUGGAAACUGCAGCACCAGUUUCUUUGCUGGCUUUGCAAUAUUUUCCAUUCUGGGACACAUGGCCUGGAGGAAGAAUGUGCCAGUUGGAAAAGUGGCAGAUACAGGCCCAGGGUUGGCAUUUGUGGCCUACCCAGAAGCCCUUGCGCUUCUGCCUGGCUCCGUCUUCUGGUCCAUUCUCUUCUUCCUCAUGCUGUUUAUGUUGGGCGUGGACACUCUGUUUGGGAACAUGGAGGGCAUCACCACUGCGAUCCUAGAUGAAUUUCCAAAGCUGAGGGGAAGUGUGAAGUACAAGACUCUCUUCCUGGCUGCGCUCUGCUUUGGAUUCUACCUGAUGGGGCUGCUGCUGAUCACAGAUGGAGGUAUUUAUUGGUUCACCCUCAUCGACUCCUUCAGCACCAGCUUCGGCCUCAUUAUCAUCACUCUCUUCAUGUGCAUCGGCAUCUCGUUUUUCUACGGUGUGAACCAGUUCUGCCAGGACAUUAUUGAUAUGAUCUGCCGCUGUCCUCCAUGGUGCAGUAAAGUACUCUUCUACUUCAAGGCAUGCUGGGUAUUCUGCACACCCUUUCUCUUACUGUUUAUCCUGACGUACAUUUUCAUUGAGAUGUACAACACGCCUCUCCACUACGGUGACUACCUUUACCCGCGCUGGGGCAAAGCCUUGGGGGUGUGCAUGGGGGCAGCCUGCUGCUUCCAGAUCCCUAUCUGGGCUGUUGUGGCCAUCGCCAAGGAGUCGGGAACCCUGCGGGAUAGGUUCAGGAAAGCUAUCCGGCCACUCAACUCCUGGAGGGUGAAUAACCUGAACACCGGGCAGCGGGUGAUGCCGGAGAUGGUGGAGGCGCCGUUCACGGUCAACCUCACGGACGCUGACUUCACUGCCCAGACAUGGGAAAGACGGACAAGCGAGGCAUAAUGCUUAUUAUACUGCCACCGUGUGGCGGAAGGAGUUAAGGACAAAGGAUUGGCUCUCAAUGUGCCCAGGAGGCACACUGGCCUUGCUCCACUCAUGUAACUUGACAAAGGAAAAAGCUCCUCAGGCUUUUGCUCCAGUUUACCUGAUACUGUUCUGAUAUAAAAGCUACCCGUGUCUCAUCAGAAAAGAACUCUCAUCAGGGAAGAAUGAUUGGAUCAGGCGUUCUUGCAUUUUCAAAGGGAUGUGUCUAUUUCUGUAUUUUUGCUGUUCUGUUUUUAAACUUCAGUUUAUGCUAUCAUAAAACUGGUUAAUCGGGGGUAUGUUAAGCUGUUUGUGGUUUGAGAGAAAAAGUCACUAACCUCUCGCUACUUUCAGUUGGCAGUCAUGGUCUUCAUAUUCAUCAGUUAGACAUGUCUGGGUCACACCUAGCUUUUAUUAAAAAGAAUAAGAGUUGUAUCCAAUUGACACAGAAAUGUUGGAGGAUAUGACUGGAAAAAAUAGUUUGCAGCUGGAUUAGAUGGAAACAAGAGAAACCACGAUCAUGGUAACAACACAACUCCUUUAGCUACAACAGGGAAAGGACUUCAGAAGCUAGCAGCCAGUAUUUACAGUAUAUUGGCAGCCAAUUACCAAGAUCCUGACUCACUGGAACUUGCUGAGAAAAGCCCUGUAAGUGAAAUGUUACUAAGGACACCAGAGUAAAAGGUUUUUGUUAUUUUUUUUUUAAAUGCUCUUACAGUUCCUGAAUUAAAACAAAUUGUAUCUGUAGCAGCUGGAUACAUCUCAUGAAAUGAAGCUGAAACGCAAGCAUACGGGUUCGUUUUUGUUCGAUCUAGUGCAAUGGAAAAUGCAUUUCUGACAUCUUGCAGUGUGAUAUUUAAGCUAGUCUUACCCUGUUACAAUGUUGCACGGAGGAGGUCUGAAAGGUGUGUAGAAAGACUACUUUGUAAAGAGGGGUUUCAGCAGGAUGGGUAAUUUCCAGGAUUUAGCAGAGUGACCAGAUUAGGAAGAAAAUGGUUUAGAGUGAGUACAAGUUGAGAGCAGAUAAGAGAGAUGAGUCAGAAAUUCUACAUGCACUCUAGUUUUGUCCAGAUUUGGUGUGGGUUAGCACAAGUAGUAAAUCAUAUUAACCUGAAACAGUAUUUGUCUUCUGGUCAGCUGCAGGGGUCCAUGUUGAAUUUUAUAAACAUCUAUCUGAAGGCUAUGUUUUUAGUUUGAGGCAUAGCUUCUUUUUCAAGAGGAAUGAAACAGGAUAAGGCUUUAGUAACAUUAAUGAUUUUACCCAACAGGUCCCAUUAUGCACAAUAGUUGCUGUUGCACAAAGGAUUUGGUUAAUUUUUAAGAUGAGCUUGAUGCAAUUCAUAGACAAAAAGCUAAGCACAAACAAUCCAUCAAAGGUUGAAAGAUUCAAAGCUGUAUUGAACAGGAAAUGCUGUUAUGCUUUAGACUAUCAUCAUGUCACAGGCCAGUUA